UCGAAUCACGUCCAUGGAAAGUACGUCCUCCAUGUUUCGCCGCUAUAUAUUGGCGAAAUGGAACCAUUUGUUAUGUCUCUCCAACUAGCUGGAGCUAACCAUUGAAUCAGAAGCGCAAUGUUUACGAGGAAUCCCAAAGCUUUCUUGUUAUUGUUUGGAUGUUUACUCCAGACCUACUUUUCACUUGGAAAACAAGGAAGAACGAAAGAACUAAUACUUCGAGGAACAAAGUCCGAUGGAUCUCAAAAAAGUACCAUGAAAAUGAAUAUCAGCCAAAACAGGAUUCAAGAGAAAUAUGCUGGCAAGUUAUUCGGCCGCAAAAAUACUGCGAAAAUGGAAAUUCAUCGAUCUGUUAUAGGACUGCACUGGAAUAAAAUCAAACACGGAAGGUCCCAUAGUGGGAGGCUUAUGGAAGGAAUAGGAAGACGACAAAUGAUAGCGCCUGGAUAUUACCAAGCUGAGUGUUCUGAGAAAAAGCCUUGCAAAGAAGGAAUGUACUGUAACGUGCUCUACUGUGAAAAAUGUCAUAAACUUAACGUAGGCUGCAACAGCAAGGACCAGUGUUGUAAGGGAUUGGUCUGCACUUUUGGAAGAUGUGAGAAGAAGGCAGAAGGGGAUCCAGGCACAUUCUGUGAGAAGGACAGCGAUUGUAAAGAGGCGUGUUGCGUUUUGGAACCAACAAUCAACUCCCACUUGCCGAUAUGUAAGCCAACCUUGGAGGAGUACCAUCAGUGCGCGGCCAUUUUGUAUCGAAAAAUAUGGGUAGGAGAAAAGCCUGACUGUGGACCGUGUAAGCCUGGGCUCGAAUGCGCUCAAAAAGGUGUGUUUGGAAGUCAUGAAGUGUGUAUGAAGCCAGACUAAGUGAUCAUCAAGUUCAGGAGACUACUUAAGAAGAAACUUGCUCGGUAAAGUCUACUUCGUCCCAGAACCGAAUCAGUUACUCAGUGCUCUG